AAGGGUUUCAAGACAUUUUUGUCUUGCGUGCCCGCUAAUUAAUUACCAAUGCACUGUAAUUCCUCGUAUGAUGUCAAUAACAAGGUACUGUGAAGUAAUAAUACAUCUUUGUGUAUGGCGCCGAAUUGCAUCAAGUGCAUUUAUCUCAUACACGCAGAUCUCGAUGUUGGAAGUUCAGAGAGGUCACCUAGUGUCCCUUAUUCAUUAUGGCAUAUCAUCGUGUAAUUAUUCAGGUCAAGAAUCAUCAGCAAGUCGCUAUCAGUACGGAUGCCUUGAAUUAGGAUCUAUCAUUGCGCCUCCAGUUCAAGUUGAGGUAAGAUUCAUCCAUAAGACAGAAGCAUUUCUAUUCGUCAACCUAAUAACGUAAUCCACUGAUAGAUUGAACAGUUCCAGUGAGUGCUUAGUGUUCAAGCUUUCAAGAACAUCGAGCUGACUUUGCCGUCAAUAAAUCAGAGAAGUACUCCGAAAAUAUAGAUCCUUACUGGACAGAAAUUCUGGGUGGAGCCACAUCUAAUCUCUAAAUCACAUCGCAUAUCUAAUACAGAUCACAUGCAUACAUCUAAUUGCAAAAUGAUAACAUUAAGCGAGGACGUUAACUGCAACUGGAUGGCACGACACAACACACCAACGAUUUUAACCGAAGAAGAUAGAGUUGUUGUGUCACGGAAGUUGGGUAAUCAGCAUUUUCGGCUGCUAAGUUGGAACAUUUCAUCGUUCAACAAGGCAUAUGGGUUCCUGGGUGCUUAUUUCAAUGUAACUGCUAUGGUUUCGGUGGAAGACAGUGCAAAUGUCGAGGGACUCAAGUUCUUCGCUAAGACCCCUCCGCCUCCUGAAAGUAGUUUGGGCAUCUUUUUGGAGCGUUGUGAUGGAUUCAAUAAGGAGAUCAAUGUGUAUGACGAAUUAAUCCCCCCUGCAUUUAUCUUAUACACGGAAUAUCUCGGAAGUUCAGAGAGGUCACUUCGUGGUCCUUAUUCAUCAUCGCGUAUCGUCGUGUAAUUAUUCAGGUCAAGAAUCAUCAGCGAGUCGCUAUCAGUAGGGAUGCCUUGAAUUAUCUUGCAUUUCUAUUCGUCAACCUAAUAACGUAAUUCAUUGAUAGAUUGAACAGUUACAGUGAGAGCUUAGUGUUCAAGCUUUCAAGAACAUCGAGCCGACUUUGCCGUCACUGAAUCAGAGAAGUACCCCGAAAAUACCGAUCCUUACUGGACGCAGAUUCUGGGUGAAGCCACAAUACAUCUAAUUGCAAAAUGACAACAUUAAACGAGGACGUUAACUGCAACCGGGUGGCACGACAUAACACACCAACGAUUUUAACCGAAGAAGAUAGAGUUGUUGUGUCACGGAAACGAGGACGUUAACUACAAUCGGGUGGCACGACACAACACACCAACGAUUUUAACCGAAGAAGAUAUUAGGAUUGUUGUGUCACGAAAGUUAGGUAAUCAGCGUUUUCGGCUGCUAAGUUGGAACGUUUCAUCGUUCAACAAGGGAUAUGGGUUCCUGGGCGCUUAUU